AGUCUACGACGCACUGCCAUCGCCCGCGGACAUGGACAUGGUCAUCAUAUACGUUCUCGCAGCAUUAGCGCUGCUGCUUCUGAUACUGCUGGCACUCCUCUAUCGAUUUCUGGCGCGUAAAAAUGAUUACUUUCGCAACAAACCGAUCCCGUCGCUUCCGGGCCCACUGCUGCUGGGUGCAACCAAACCGAUGAUGCUGUCUCGAGUGUCCUUCACCGAAUACGUCAAAAGCACCUACGAUAGCUUCCCGGACGCCAAGGUAUUUGGCUUGAUGAAUACCGUCCUACCGUUGUACGUUCUGCGUGAUCCCGAGCUGAUCAGAAAGAUCGCCGUCGACGAUUUCGAUCAUUUCACUGACCAUCGGCCGCUCAUUGGCGCCGAUCACGGCGAUCACCCGAACCUGAUCGCGGUCAAAACGUUGUAUGCCCUGAACGGACAGAAGUGGAAAACGAUGCGAUCGAUGGUUGAUCCGGCCUUUGCCGAACUGAACGUAAAGGGCAUGUUCGAGCUGAUCGUCGAGUGCUGUGAAGCGUUGGUGACGCACUACCGGGAGCAAGGCGCCAAGGAGUGGGAUGUGAGAGACGUGUUUGAGCGAUUUUCGAGCGAUGUGAUCGCGACGUGUGCGUUCGGGAUCAAGUUUAAUUCGUCGAGCGAUCGCGACAACGAAUUCUAUCGCAAUGUGAAAAAGAUGAUGGUUUUUGGGAAUUUCAAAACGCAGUUGAAGAUCGCCGCCUAUUGGUUUACGCCGUGGUUCAUGAACCGUUUCGGGAUCGACUUGAUCAGUCAGGAGAGUAGCGAUUACUUUUCGGGGUUGAUCAAGGAAGCGGUCCGAACAAGAGAAGCAAGCGAUGUCAUUCGUCCGGAUAUGGUACACCAGUUGAUGCAGCUUCGGAAAGGUGGGAUGGUAACGAACCAGCAGGAAGAUGAUCAGCAACAGGAAGUCUCCGAAGUGACACCAUCGCUGCCCAAAGUUACCAUUACCGAGAGUGAAAUGAUCGGACAGUGUUGGACCUUCUUCUUCGCUGGAUUCGAUACGGUUUCGUCGACUCUGACCUUCCUGGCGUACGAACUAGCGUUGAACCCGGACGUUCAGGAAAAACUCUCCGCGGAAAUUGCAGACAUUCAUCAGUCGCUGAAAGGACGAUCGAUUACAUUCGAGGCUUUGAACACCAUGAAAUACCUGGACAUGGUCCUAUCGGAGACGCUUCGUAUGUGGCCCUCGAAUCCAGCCGUGGAUCGACUGUGCGUUCAGGACUACACGCUGGACGACGGACAGGGUUUGCAGUGUCUUUUGGAAAAAGGCACAGGCGUUUGGAUACCGAUCCACGGCAUUCACCGCGAUCCCAACUACUAUCCAGAACCGGAUAAAUUCGACCCGGAGCGGUUCAGCGAGCAGCGUAAGGGUGAGAUAAAACCAUACACCUAUCUGCCGUUCGGGAUUGGGCCUAGGAAUUGCAUUGGGAUGCGGUUUGCGAUGAUGGAGCUGAAGUGUAUGGUGUACUACUUGGUGUUGAACUUCCGGCUGGAGAGGACCGAGAAAACUGAAGUGCCGCCGGUCUUCGAGAAAGGAUAUGCCACGUUGGGUGCAGCGAAUGGUAUGGUGCUGAAGAUGGUGCCGAAAUAAAUGGUACCACUUUAACAGGAGCUUGAAAUCAAUGAUUUUACAGUACAAUUAUCGAUAUCUCAUUAAGUUAAUACAUAUAUUUUGUAAGAUUUUUAAUAACCAAUGAAAUAAUAAAUUUUAUUCUAUGAAAACACAUAAA